AUGCCGCGGCUGGUAGGCAAGGAAAAUGCAAAAAUAGUACAAGCUUCAGGCGGCUGGGUUCCUGUGAGCGUAUAUCCUGCUUCCGACUCGGACACUACCACAUCUGCACCUAUACCUUCGACAGAUAACCCAGAAGGGAACGACAACGGCAUAGCUCGCCCCUAUGGGUCCCUACGGUGUAUGUCCUUGGGAUUUCUACUGCGAGAUAGGGGCGAUGCUGUGAUAUGGCGAGGGCCAAAAAAAACGGCCAUGAUCCGCCAGUUUUUAUCAGACGUCAUAUGGGGAGAUACGGAUUAUCUACUGAUAGAUACUCCUCCGGGAACAAGUGAUGAACAUAUCGCAAUCGCCGAACAACUACUAAGUCAAGCUACGACGUCCCCCACCUCAGGAUCAACACAGCCGCGCCUCGCUGGUGCCGUAUUAGUCACUACUCCUCAAGCUGUAGCUAUAUCCGACGUGCGAAAGGGAGUCAAUUUCUGUGCAAAGACGAACAUUCCGAUCCUUGGUGUGGUUGAGAAUAUGUCUGGAUAUACGUGCCCUUGUUGCGGGGAGGUGAGCAACGUUUUCUCCAAGGGUGGAGGGAAGGUGAUGGCUGAUGAUAUGGGCAUACGUUUUCUGGGAGCUAUCCCGAUUGAUGUGAGUUUCGGAGAGAUGGUUGAGGGCUCUCGUUCAGAUUCAGAUGAGAAUAAGGAGGAGCAGAAGGCAGAGAAAUUAGAGACGAAUAGUAGUCAGCCUCAGGAGAGCCCGUUGGUUGAAAGAUAUCAAAAAUGUUGGUCCCAGCCGACUUUUGAAAGCCUUGCGAAAGAGGUCAUUCAGCUAGUGGAAACAACUUGA